AUGCAGCAAGGAAUAAUGCGGCCCUCCGCCCUCUGCCUCGGCGGCUUCACGAUGAAGUACAAGAGGGGCACAGGUCUCUGGGACGAGGACCAUGUGAAUGACUUUGACGCCAACAAGUACUUGUCCGCGCGGUCGAUGAUGCGGUGGUACUAUGGGAUGGAGCGACUGCAGACGCGCAACAGCAUCAAUGCCCGCCGCGCCACACAGAGCUACAACAACAACAUGGGCCUUCAUCAUAGCGGCCGUGGUGCCUUCGAGCGUGAGCUCGAGCGCCGCGGCAUCCAGGUAGACAAGUAUCCUCUGACGACAACCACCGGCGCUGCGCGGGUGGCGGAGAUGGUGCUGCUGCGGCGCCAAAAACUGGAGGCGCAAGCAAAGAAAGCUAUGGAGUCUCAGCGGCAGGCGCGGCGUCGUGACGCCCCGUCUGAGUGGUACGACGAAACUGAAGGACCUCUAAAUCUACGGUUCCUCGCGAGCAUGCAGAGUAACUACACUCAAGUUAUCACAAAAUUGCCUAGUUCCCCCGUUACUGGGGCGUCGUGA